UCUCAAUAUCGUAGCCCUUGCUGAAAUGUGGCACGGCGGAGUGAGUGCUGUUCGUGAAACGGCGCUCAGCGGCUCGGCUCAUGGCGACAUCAUCGAAGCCGGUCCGCUUCGACGCUCGACGCGGGGAAGCGGACUGACUUGGUUGACCCGCGCUUAGCUUCAUCUUUCCUCACCUCCAUCCUACACAACUUCCAUCACUGCAUCGCCUUCAGCCUUCUGAGGUGCUGAUACGUGCCUCGUACCACUCUCUUUGCAUCGCUCCUCGGCUCGUCAAGUCUCCUUCGCCCUCUCGAUCAACUCCCGGCGCCGCCAUGUCGAGCGCCGACGUGAUCGACGCCCUCUUCGAUCGCACCGUGGAUAUCGUCCAGUCACUACCCAAGAGCGGGCCCAUUCAGACAUCGUAUGAGGAGAAGCUGGCUCUCUACUCACUAUACAAGCAGGCUACAGAAGGCGAUGUCACAUCCAAGAGACCGGGAAUGCUGGACAUGCUGGGAAGAGCAAAGUGGGACGCAUGGGCGCAGAGGUCAGGCAUGAAUCCGCUAGACGCCAAGCAGCUGUACGUGGAGAGCAUGAUGAGGACGCUGCGCAAAUUUGGGGAUAGGCCUCAGGCUAUAGAGCUUAUUGAGGAGCUGGAGGCAUUCUCGGGUGAUGUGGCAGAGAGAGUCAUGCGAGGCGCACUUGAUACAGAGGACACGUCCUCAGAGACUUCUUCAGCCCCAGCGCCGCUCCGACACCGCAACACAAGGACAUCGCAGGAUGAGGCAGAUGACGGACUCGCCUCGCUGCGCAAAGCUCAACCCCAGCAGCCAAGGCGUGGCCUCAACCCUCAACAGCGAUGGUCUCAGCCUUCAUCGGUCGAAGGUGCUUCGGUACAGGCGGCUCAUGGCGGAAGGGCUGGAAUUAGCACUGGCAGCUCAACACCACAGAGACGAGGCUCAGUCGGUUCAGACGUCGAUUCGGAGGAAGAAGAUGAGUACAGAGAAAGACCAGCGCCGCUGCCUACGUCGUCAUCGAUGCGCGGCUCGACCACAGGAGGCGUGUACGGGCGCCCUACGGCUUCCGGCAGUGGCAGGGCUCCGCCACCCGGCCAGAUGGCCCCACCUGGCCCUGGCCCUCAACGCGGCCCCCUCGUACGAAGUGGCUCCGUGCAAGGCCAGUACGCAGCCAGUCAGCCUCGCUACCCUGGCCCUCCUCGCUCAGAGUCCAACGCCGGCGGUCAAGGAGGGGCAGGGGCGAAUCUCUACUCUGCCAUUGCCCCAUCCUCGCGGCCCCAGCCGCCAGCACCAGUCGAGCACCACUACUAUCACCGCGGAAGUGACGCACGUGCGCCAUCCUCCAUCGGCGGUCGAUCAAAUCCUGGCGGAAGAGCUGGACCACCACCAGCAGCCAACAAUCGCGAGAUCGACACAGCUUUGCAGUCCAUACAGGCAUCCCUUGCAGGAUUGCACGAGCGGCUCAACAGGGUGGAGGACACGGGAGGUGCAGCGGCGAGACGAGGUGGCACUGCUGCAUCGUCGAAUGGUCACCUUGUCUCGGCGUAUCGAGCUGUUGUCAAUGCUUUCCAUGACCUGGCCUCACUCUUGGGCAUGGGCGGAACAGCAGCUGGGGCGACACCCAGCUUCCAUCAAUCCUCUUCCGGCGGCAGUCGUCGCGGUACUUCAUUCAUCCGUGCCCCGCUCGCGCUACUCCUCGCGGUAGUCAACCUCGCAAUCCGUCUCGCACUCGAUCUGACAUCACUUGGCAUCCUGAUCACCAUCCUCCUCUUUGGCGUCAAGCGCAUUACUGGUCGAGGCGACCCGCUCGUCCUGCUCAACUUGGCAAGAAGGGUUCUGGGGCGCAACAGGGCAGGUGCGGCUGAACGAGCGGUCAUAGUGGGUGCAUCGGCUGCUGCGGCUGCUGUUGCCGGGGUAGCGAACGGGAUCACUGGUGAGGGAGGAGAUGGCGGAGCGGGGAGGGGGGCAGGGGCGGGUAAUGAGGCGGGAGGCUCGACUGUGCGCUAGGCCGGCGGGUUCAAUGAGAGGAGCUGAUAUUGCGCUGAAUGGGCGAAGAUCAGUCCAGCCGUCCCUGCAGUGUCAAUAUUCAAGUGUUCUGUUCCUCACAUGCUUCCUCGAUGUCAUCGGACCUUUUUCCCGCUCUCCGUACGAAGCUCGGCCUCGAGCUCGGCGUCGUCCACGCCACGCGACGACACCUCAUGCAGGGUCCUGCCGCGCCGGCUGAUGAAGCUCGCUCGAUUGAAAGCUCGCUCCUCCGGCUCGAGGAGUGUGGGGAAUGAGACCCGGCGAUUGAGACCGACGGAUAGAG